GAAACAGGGUCACACUCGAUUCCUCCACCUCCGAGGAAACCUGCCACUUGUAGCUGCCCUGCCUCCUCUUUGCAGGACUUGCCCUGCUCCAGACCGCUGCUCGCGCCUGCUCCCGCCUCGGGCUCGCUCGUUCCACCGUCAGUCCGCGCUCGCGCCCGCGCCCUGUGGUUCCUGCAGCCGGACGCGCCCGAGAUGGAGAGCAAAGCGCUGCUCCUGGUGGCGCUGAGCGUGUGGCUUCAGAGUCUGACCGCCUCCCGCGGAGGGCUGGCCACCGCCGACAGAAUUACGGAACGAAGUGAUUUUAUAGACAUCGAAAGUAAAUUUGCUCUGAGGACCCCUGAAGACACGGUUGAGGACACUUGCCACCUCAUCCCGGGACUGACAGAGUCUGUGGCUAAUUGUCACUUCAAUCAUAGCAGCAAAACCUUUAUGGUGAUCCACGGCUGGACGGUGACAGGAAUGUAUGAGAGUUGGGUGCCCAAGCUUGUGGCUGCCCUGUACAAGAGGGAACCGGACUCCAACGUCAUCGUGGUGGACUGGCUGUCACGGGCCCAGCAGCAUUACCCGGUGUCUGCGGGGUACACCAAGCUGGUGGGAAAGGACGUGGCCAGGUUUAUCAACUGGAUGGCGGAUGAACUUAACUAUCCUCCGGACAACGUCCACCUCUUGGGGUACAGCCUUGGAGCCCAUGCUGCUGGCAUUGCGGGAAGUCUGACCAAUAAGAAGGUCAACAGAAUUACCGGCCUGGACCCAGCUGGACCCAACUUCGAGUACGCGGAGGCUCCGAGUCGGCUUUCUCCGGAUGAUGCGUACUUUGUGGACGUCCUACACACGUUCACCAGGGGGUCACCCGGCCGAAGCAUUGGGAUCCAGAAACCAGUCGGGCACAUUGACAUUUACCCUAACGGAGGCGCUUUCCAGCCGGGGUGCAACAUCGGGGAAGCUAUCCGUGUGAUCGCCGAGAGAGGUUUUGGAGAUGUGGACCAGCUAGUGAAGUGCUCCCAUGAGCGUUCCAUCCAUCUCUUCAUCGACUCUCUGCUGAACGAGGAAAACCCAAGCAAGGCCUACCGGUGCAAUUCGAGGGAGGCCUUUGAGAAGGGGCUCUGCCUGAGCUGCAGAAAGAACCGUUGCAACAACCUGGGCUACGAGAUCAACAAGGUCAGAGCCAAAAGAAGCAGCAAAAUGUACCUGAAGACGCGCGCGGAGAUGCCCUACAGAGUCUUCCAUUACCAAGUAAAGAUACAUUUUUCUGGGACCGAGAGUGUUACCUAUACCAACCAGGCCUUCGAGAUCUCUCUGUACGGCACCGUGGCCGAGAGCGAGAACAUCCCCUUCACCCUGCCUGAAGUUUCUACAAAUAAGACGUACUCUUUUCUAAUUUACACGGAGGUGGAUAUUGGAGAGCUGCUCAUGUUGAAACUCAAAUGGAUUAGUGACUCAUACUUCAGCUGGUCAGACUGGUGGAGCACCCCCAGCUUUCCUGUCGAGAAGAUCAGAGUAAAGGCAGGAGAGACCCAAAAGAAGGUGAUCUUCUGCUCCAGGGAGAAAAUGCCUCAUCUGCGGAGAGGAAAGUCACCUGUGAUAUUUGUAAAAUGCCACGACAAGUCUCUGAACAGAAGGUCUGGCUGAAACUGGGCGAACGUACGGAAGAAAGAGCGGCACAUGAAUUCUGUGAAGAAUGAAGUAACUUUUCCAAAAGAUGCCGGAGCUUCGGGCGGUUAAAAGUGAAUUUUCCUAAGUAUCAAUGCCAGCGAUAGCCUUCUUAGUUAUUUCAGGAGACGGUCUCAGAUACUACAAAGUGGCUAAUUCAAUUUAGUGGCCAACCAGCACAGUUUCCAACAUUAAGAGAGAACAGAUACGAAGAACACGGCAUUCUGUCCUCUAAGAAAGAGAUAAGAACUGUUUGGGCUCGUGGUAAAAUAGUAAGUCCUCUUUAUGUAGUAAGUUUGGCCAGAGCCUAAAAUUGAUUAGAAUCUCAUCCGUUAAUUGGAGUCCUGCAUUUCCUGGACCGAUACCUUCUCGAAGCGUUCUCAGUCAAAAUAUAGAGCGUGAUUAUUUUGUGGCGUGAGUCAGACCCAUUCACUUACCUGUCAAGACACCUACGUUCUUGGAAUGAUUCUCCGCUUGCCACUGGGGUGUAGCUCAGGAGUUAACCAGGAACUGGUGACUUGGAGAGAAGAAUGGAGAAUGGGGCUGAUGAAACCCUGAACCUUUAAACACUCCCUGUGGUUGGUUGCAUCAUAACCAAGUUACAAAUUAAAGGAGAUAUAAAAUUUAGAUCAGUUGCACCUCAAUGGGCUUUGCAGUUUAUUGCUCAGUCCUUCCCCUUCCUUUUCUUGCUUUGUCUCAAGAUUAUAUUUUAACAAUGUUCCCUGGGUCGGCGUUUAAAAUGAGCUGGUUAUCACCAGCUGACACAUAAUUUUAACUAUAAAGAUAAUUUUGUUACCAGAUUUUCCAAGUCACAGUCACAGAUUUGAAGUCCUUCAACAUACGAUGGUUACUAUUCAAUUUUAGGCUCAUUUCAGCCAUGCUUCAGUUACACUUUGAGUAUGUGUCUUUCUUCCCUGGUUUUGAUUCAGAAGCUAUGUAUUCAAGGUCAAAUUUUGCAUCAUGCAAAGUCCUACCAAUUUUAGACAAAGAUUGUUUUGACUAGGUAAAGAAAUGGAGAAGUUACUGGGACAUAUUCACAGGCAGUGCUUAAAACCAUCGCAAGCAAUUAGAAGAACCCUCAGUUGCUAUAACCACAUGAAAUACCAUGAGAAUUGUUGCUUCUAACAACUAGUCGAGAGUGAGUAAACAAUUAUUUAUAAAUUAGAUCUCAUGUUUUCAGAAUGCUUUUCUAUAUAUUAAUGUGCAGUGAUAAAGAAAUCAAACAUCUCAGAGGCUAUAGCUGGGAAUCCAAACUGUCAAUGUGUGUGGGUGUCUGAACACCGAUUCCCACACAUGAAGCCCCACAUGUAUGAUUACUCCUCAGCGUGGCUUGGCAGGUAAAUGACCAUGAGACGUAUCGGAGCACGCUGGAGUAGAAAUUGUUCCAGUGGUCCCAGACACUCAGCCCUCCGUCUGAGAAACGUGGUGGUGCCCGUCCAAAGCGGGACGGCUGUGAUGAUUGACAUUAGCCAGCGUGGAAUGAAUUCUCUUUAAAAAUAAAAUGUUGUGCGAUUUGUUGUUGGCA